GGGAACCGGCGGGCUCUGCGAAAACCCACCCGAGGAAAAGAGACGUUCUUCCCCGUUCUCCACCCCAUUCUCGGCAUCAGGCGGUGUAGAUCGGCGCUGAGACGAAUCGGGUCCUCGGACAUCCCAGUGCAAGUUUUCAAGUCGACUUCUUUGAGGCGGUCCCGAGACGGUUCCCUCCUGGUUUUCGGCGUCCCGCUCUCUGCUUUUCGGUCUGUCGGUGUUUCAUCGCUACAAACAACUCUGCUUGGCUUCCCGCCCUGCUUCUUCCGCUGUGACUAACCCCUACUAGACGAAUCACCCUCGAGCAGCAUGAACUCUCAGGCGAUCGCAAUGUUCCUGGUGGUAGCGGUCCUCGCUGGUGCCGUAAUGGCCGUGCCGUUCAACAAUUAUGACGACUCCUUUCUAGAUGAGUACAAGGAGAAGCUUGAGAAUUACCUCAUGAGUGCUGACAAGCGGAGCUGCAUCAAGCGCAACGGCAUCUGCGACGGCCGCCCCAACGACUGCUGCCACCAGUCGGCGUGCCGCUGCAACCUCUGGGGAACCAACUGCCGAUGCAUGAGGGCUGGUCUCUUCCAGUCGCUCGGCAAGAAGUGAACGACACCGACAUCCUGUCGAGGGCUCGACCGUUUCGCUGUGAUUGUUACGUCAAUGUAGCCGAAUUAUGUUGUCGUUACUUCGUCGUGACAUUGUUCCCAAAACAGCGGGCGGGCUUGAGUUGACCUUGCCGAAAGUCACCAUGCAUCUUCAAUGGGGUGUGGGGUUUACGUUCAGGGGCCGAGCGCAUGAUGUCUCAGCUGUUGUUUGUUUGGUAAAAUUAAAUGACUGCGUGCAAUAGCACCUAGAUGUCUAAUUAAAUUUUUAGAAACGAUCCUACUGUGCAGAUUAAAAAAAAAGAGGCCAAUAAUCAGGCGUAAGUUUGACAAAGAGUCAUAUAGAGAUGCUGCUGCCCGCAAUAUUGUCUUGUUUAUCUUGGUAUCCCGAGACAUUAUGUUAGCAUUAACAAGACAUCAUUUGGUGAGAGCUCUUUAGACAAUAAAACGGAGAAAGAAUCGGUUUACCUUCUGGCGUCGACGCAGAUAUCGUAUAUUUGUGAUUAUAUAAAAAACAUUUGGUGUUCAGAAAACUGUUACCGGCUCUUGAUAUGGGACGAAGUUGCUACAGCAAAAGGCACUCCGCGUUACUGGGGAAGGAUGCCUUGUUACUCAGGGCACAUUGAUUUUUCUGCAUCGGCUUUCUCAAAGAGGUGCCUUCUUUCUGUAACGCCUGAUGAAGAACUAAACAUUUUUACCAUUCAAUUCAACAUUACCUAACCAUUUUGAGAUGGGAAAAAUGCUCAUAUCAGGAAACGACAAGUUAACGACCAAGCUAAUGAGGUAUAUCAUAAAGAUUUAAGCCACGUGUAAAUGCGUAUAUUAUAAUAACCCUAGAUAUUUAUGCUGGUUCGAGAUGAUCUCAGGGAAGAGACACAAUGUUUUUGUUUUGUCUAAUACCUCUCUUGAGAACGUAACGCCCCCGAAUUGUGCGAUUCGUCUGCUUUGUCUCUUUGUAGGUGUUUGAUGUUGACAUGUCCAAUGCCGUGAAAACACUACUGACAAAACCAAAACCCAACGUAAAAAAAAAAGCUCACUCGAGAACAAACCGGCGGGUCUUGUCAAAAUGACGAAAUUCGAUUACGAGAUACACAAUAUACACCGUUUCAACGAUCGUGACAUGUUAAACAAAAACUAGCACCCAGAAAGCCACAUGGCUUUGAGACCUGAUAAUAUAGCAUCCCAAA